AUGCCGUCUCCAUUCCUGACUCCGGGCUCAACGGCGGGCCCCGAUACCGUCGCCCUCCUGCAUCUGCGCCGCGACCAGACUAUCCCGACAAUCCUUCGUACCUUCGACGACCAGAACUUGGGCUACAAAGAAGGAAAGGUGUCCAACACACGCUUUGGCUCAUUCCCGCACAGCACUCUGAUUGAUCAGCCAUGGGGCUCGCAAAUCGCUGCCUCCAAGGUCGACACUGGCUCGCGCGGCCGGAGAGGUCCUUCCAAGCGCAAAGCUGACGAGCUUGAUACCCCGGGCACAACCACCGGCGCCGACGAUGACACCCCCUCCCUCUCAAAACCAGUCGCUGCCGGCAGCGGUUUCCUCCACCUGAUGUACCCCACCCCCGAGUCGUGGACAUUGUCGCUCCCGCAUCGGACACAGGUCGUCUACACCCCCGACUACAGCUACAUUCUCCACCGGCUCCGCGCGCGCGCAGGAGGUACGGUCAUCGAAGCUGGUGCAGGAAGUGGCUCAUUCACCCAUGCGGCCGUGCGUGCCGUCUUCAAUGGAUACCCUCAAGAGCAGCCAGCAAACAAGAAGCAGCGAUUAGGCAAGGUGUGCAGUUUUGAGUUCCACGAGCAGCGAGCGAAAGCUGUACGACAGGAGAUCUCGGACCACGGUCUGAACGGCCUGGUGGAGGUUACACACCGCGAUGUCUACGAAGGUGGAUUCUUGCUGGGUGACCCCCAGACCGGCAAGUCUCCUAAGGCCAAUGCUAUCUUCUUAGAUUUGCCAGCUCCCUGGCUUGCAUUGAAGCACCUUGUGCGCAAGCCUGCUUCUGGGGCUGAGUCUCCGUUGGAUCCAAACUCGGCUGCUCACCUUUGCACUUUUUCUCCGUGUCUUGAACAGGCUGAGAAAACCAUCCGCGUGAUGCGCCAGCUUUCGUGGUUGAAUAUUUCGAUGGUGGAGGUUAACCAUGAACGCAUCGAUGUGAAGCGCGAACGUAUCGGCUUGGAUUGUGAGGGUAUUCGCGGCGCAACGGUAUACCCCAAGACCGUGGAAGAAGCAGUUGUAAAGCUCCAGGAGGACGAUGAACGAGCCAAACGACUCCGCCAGGCCCACUACGACGGUAAGACAGACGACCCGAAGGUCCAAGAGGACAAGAACCGGUCUUUGAAAGAAACGGCUAUCCCGCCCUCCACAGGACCUUCAUAUAGCCAGGGCCGCUUGAUCCAUCGCUCUGAGCCGGAGUUGAAGACACAUACGUCGUACUUGGUAUUCGCUAUUCUACCCCGUGACUGGACAGAGGAAGAUGAACAAAAAUGUCGCCAACAAUGGCCUUCUCAGAAGUUAGAUGCUCCUGAGCCCAAGGGGGGUAAGAGCAGGAGGCAGGCCAAAAGAGAGGCUAAGGAAAAGUGUUUGCAAGAAGUCAAGGCGGGAGAAAACGCACAGCCAACAGAGGAGAUGAGAGAGGAGGGAAAUGAGGCAUGA